AUGGCUGCUUAUUACUGCUGCAUCUGGAGCCUGGAAGGGCCAGCAACAGUCAUCUCUGCACUCCUUGGAUUCAGCUCCAUCAUCAUGUACUUCCACCCUGCCGACACCACGCCCAAAAGGAAACUCAUCAUUACAGGAAACAUCAACACUGAGAUUGCGUCAGCUUCAGUGCUCACAUCUCAUCAGGACCCUCAAUACCAGCUUCUGCUGCUGAAAAAGAAGCCCUUUUUCCCCCUAUCUGCUCAUGUGCAUCAGACCAUUGUCAUCAUGGGACAACGAUUUUUCUUUCGAAUACCCAGUCGGAGUAUCAACACCCACUUAAGGAAGGGUCUCACCGAGUUGCAGGGUUUAGCUGCUCGUUUGCAACGGUGGCUAGACUUCCCUUCCGGGAUUGCACGGGGAGGCGGACUGCGGGCCUGCUCCAAGAUUGGGGCCUCGCUGCUAGGUUGCUAUGGUAACAGAGUCUUUCUGCCGGCUGGCUCUGGAGGAGGGAUCUUGUUGCUGGCCUGCCCCAGAGGAGGAGCCUUGCUACUGGGUUGCUAUGGAAACAGAGUCUUUCUUCUGGCAGGCAUAGGAAGGAAUCUUGUUGUCGAUCUGCUCCGGGAACUAGGCCCUGCUGCUGGGUUGCUAUGGAAACAGGGCCUUUCUGUUGGAGGGCUCCAGGGCUGCGGUCUCGGUCUCGCUGCUGGCAGAUCCCAGGGGCAGGGUCUCACCGUUGACUCUCCUCUGGGUCAGCAGUGGGGUCAGGCCUGGCCCGUGGCCUGUGCUGGGGGCGGAUCUGCUGGGGCAGGGCCUUGCAGUGCUGCAGAGAUCGCUGGCUUGCCUAGGGGGCCGCUGGUUUGCAGGAGGGCAGGGCCUUGCUGGUGGAUUGCCCCAGGCUGGGAGCCCUGCUGCAGGCCCCUGCUCCGAGGCUGCUGCUGCUGCUGCUCUUGGACCUCUCUCCCCUCCCACCCCAGUGAGACAGACCUUUCCUGCCGUGCUGGAAGUAGGAGCGUCGGUAGCAGACUGACUGAUUACCAAUGGAAGUUGUCAGUGUUGGGCACAGGCUUUGUUGUUGCUGUUGGGCAGCUUGGUGACAGUGGAUAG